CCCCGGCACCCUGCAUUCCACCUCCAGGUUUUUUCCCAGCACCCUGCAUUCCACCCCCACGCUUUGCCCCAGCACCCUGCAUUCCACCCCCAGGCUUUGCCCUGACAUCCUGCACCGCAUCGCCAAGCUUCGCCACUAAUGCCAAGCCAGGCUUUGGCACGAAAAUCAUGCUGAAACAAAUGGUCCUGCUAUUCUUGGAGAGGCACCCUCCUGCAUCAGACCUUGAGUCAGAGUUCCUCACUAUCGCCGAUCGUAUCUGCACGCUGUUUCAAAGCAUCGCUAACAGAUUCCGCAACAUCGUUAAUGAGGAGCUGGAGAAGUGUACCGACUCUGACAGUAAGAAGUACUGGGCUUACACCUUCUACUGGGAGUACAUGAAGAGGUGCCCAUCAUCCCAGUGCCUGGGGAUUGAAGCCUUCACAUGUGAAGAGGAGAGAUGUUUAGUGGUGGCCAACUUGUUUGCAAAGAAAUUGUACCCCAAGAUGUUCCUCUCAGCAGCAGACGUCGAUGAGGCUGAAGAUUCAGGGAGCAAUCGACCUGUGGACCUGAACCUGGCAAUCGCCAACGAAUUUGUCCCUAACCCUGUCAAGGUGUUGGAGUUGCUUCAACCCCUGUCACUGCCAGACAUCAAAAAGCCCUUGACCACUAUCCAUGACAAAGUGCUGGACAACACAACAACAACCCUGGUUGAUGCCCCAGUUAAGGUGGACAGCAUCACAACACCCCUGGUUGAUGCCCCAGUUAAGGUGGACAACAUCACAACACCCCUGGUUGAUGCCCCAGUUAAGGUGGACAACAUCACAACACCCCUGGCCACUAAUCCAGUCCACCUUAAGGUUACCGAUGAACCAGUUGAAUUCCAGUCAGAAGAUGUUGUGGUCAUUAAACCAAAGAAAAGCAGAGCCAUGAGAUUCUUCAGUCGACUUUUCUGCUGCAUAAACGAAGAUGAUUUGAUGGUGUGAACCUGACCAGCUUUUCAGAGGAUAAUUUCAGCUCACACACAAACACACGGGCACGCA